CACUCUCUUCUCCUUCCUCUGCUUAGGCAUUUCAAGAAACAAAAUUUGGUUACAUAGAGAAGAAUUCAGUACAAAAUCGAAGUAGCAUUCAAUAAUGGCGAGACCGCAACAACGCUAUCGAGGCGUUCGUCAAAGGCAUUGGGGUUCUUGGGUGUCUGAAAUUCGUCAUCCAUUAUCGAAAACAAGAGUUUGGCUAGGGACAUUUGAGACAGCAGAAGACGCAGCAAGAGCCUAUGAUGAAGCAGCAAGGCUAAUGUGUGGUCCAAGGGCCAAAACCAACUUCCCAUACAAUCCAAACGCGCCAUUAUCAUCCUCCUCAAACCUACUCUCUGCCACCUUGACAGCCAAAUUGCACAAAUGCUACAUGGCCUCUCUCCAAAUCAUCAAAACCUCACCGCCGCCUCAGCACCCACCGCCUCACGCUUCCUCCGCCACCGCUGCGCCGCCUGGUGACAAAAUGCCGCCGCAAGUUGCGGCGGCUCAGUCGCCGGCGGCCGAUUGGGCCGUGAAGACAGAGGGAGUAUUGGAAAUGGGAAACACAACAGAGUUCAUCAAGCCACUUGAGGAUGAUCACAUUGAGCAGAUGAUUGAAGAGCUUCUUGAUUAUGGGUCCUUUGAGCUCUCCUCUGUUAUGCAGUAAUUAUUAUUAGUUAAAUUUUUUUAGAAAAAUUGCAUUUUUAUCCUCCAGUUAUACCCGUGAUACAGACUUAGUCCUUGAAUUAUAUGUGUGACAAUCUUUUAACCUAAGUUAUGUGCAAAGUGACGAGUUUAGUCAUGAUUAAGUGAUAUUGGUAAUUGAAAUAGUCUCUUAAGGACUAAAGUCAUCACUUCGUCCAUAACUGAAAGUUUAAAAGAUGAUCAUGCAUAUAACUCAUGGACUAAGCAUGUAUCACAGGCGUAAUUGGAGGGUAAAAAUGUAAGUUUUCUAUUUGUUUAAGUCUACCUUUUACUAAUUUUUAGUUUUAACCCAUAUUUCAGCUGUUUAUAGCUGGAAUCCCCUUUCUAAGUUGCAUUACAUAGAAGGAUUAUGAUGAUCAUGUGUAUACAUCCUAAUAUGUACUCUUCUAAGAUGAUGAUAUAUAAAUAUUAAUGAUUAAUUAUGUA